CUACCAUUCUCGGACUCCGUCAUUCUGAAUCUGGGAUUCUACGAUCCCACCCCGCUCCGCUCCGCCCCGCUGACGCCGCUCCAGGUCCGCGCCCCCAUCUCCAGCCGCCAAUAAAGUGGGCGGCGGCGGCAGGUGGCUCCUCAUGGAGCGCUGUGCGCCGCCGGCAGCUGUUGUGCUCCAGCGACUCCUUCCCCGGUUCUCUCAGUGUUUGUCACCACCCGCCCCGGGACGGACGAUGCGGGCCAUGGUGCUUAUGGCCGCGCUGGCCGUGCUGGCAGCGAACCGUGCGGCUGCUGGGUCUUCGCUCAACGCCACGGAGCCACAGCGGCACGAGGAGCGGGAGCCCGGGAGCCGAGAAGGCGAGCCCGUGCCGAGUUCUGACUACGAGGAGGAUGAGGAGGAGUACGAGGAGGCGCCGCCAGUCCACCAGUACAUCGUGGACGACCUGAUCCGAGUUGAACCUGUGGUUAAACCCAAGCCAGCAAAGAGGGGGGGAGAAAAGAAUGCUGGCAAAUCAAGAAGGAAGAAAAACAAAGGGAAAAAGAAGAAAGGGACUCCCUGUGAAAUGGAAUACAAAAACUUUUGCAUCCAUGGAGAAUGCAUAUACUUAGAACAUCUCCAGAUGGUGACCUGCAAGUGUCAUCAGGAUUUUUUUGGUGAGCGCUGUGGUGAACAGUUCAUGAAGACUCAAAGGAAGAAUGAUGUGGCAGACUACUCAAAGACUGUGUUGGUAGUGGUAGCUGUCCUGCUCUCAAGCGUCAGCUUCAUUACUGUGCUUAUCAUUGUGAUAGUGCAGGUCAGGAAAAAGUGUCCUCAGUAUGAAGAGAAAGAAGAAAGGAAAAAACUCCGACAAGAAAACAGAAAUGGGCAUGUUGGUGUAUAAAUGGGGAGAAAGCAGAAAAAUUCUGAAGUGGCCAUUGCCAAGCUGCGGGGUACCUCUGGCUACCUGACACAUCCACCUGGACACUGUGGGCUGGAGCUGUUGCCACUAAGCUGUGAUUCAUCGAGAGGCUGCUGCAAGGAGAUGUCAACAGGCCACUUGCUGCUGAAUCACUUGCUGAGACCAGUUAUCACUGCAUCUUGGCACAACAAUGUGGAAGGAGCUGGCUCGUUGGGGGACACGACCUGUUGUCAAGACCUGCUAGAGAUUACUGCUACUGAGCCUUCUGUCUCUGUGCGAGAGCUCCAGUCUUGGCUGUUAUGUGGAUGGACUUUGUUAUCUUAGCAAGUCCCCUUUGGCAGCUCUAACUCUAAGGGGAAGAACCUGUUGCUGCUUUCACCUAAGUGAAAAAGGGAAGAGGUUGGGAUGGCUUGUGUCCCUAGACCUCAGUGGAUGAAAAACCUAAUUCUGUUGUCACUGCUCCCUGUCCAUAUUGGCUUCCAACAGCUUCAUCUGUAGUUGUGACUUGCAGGGUGUUGGUGACAGAUCUUUGUCAGCCACACUUGGGUUCUGUUACUGUGUGUGUGGAAGUACUCCCUCCGAGUUCUGUAGGACUCAUGGUGUGGGUGGAGCUAUCCAUUUGCGUGUGUGCUAGCCCAAGUUAAAAUUAGUCUCCUCAGGAUGCUGAGACAAUAAAUGCAAGAUCUGAAGCCUUGCAUCUAAAGGAAAAGAUCCAUGCUCAAACCAAUGGAUAAGGCUAGACCCAUCUCUUGCAAACACAAAACUACUUCUGUUAAAUGGAUACUUGUUGCUUUAAGCAGUGCUUAAAUAUAAAAUGCUUCACAUCAGAUCCCAUCAGUUGAACUUGACUAAGAACCUGUUCCUUUGAAGAAUUUAAUUCAGGACUGAUGCUUUGCAAGCAGUGGUCUCUUGUGCUCUUUCUUCAAGUGUGAAGAACUCAUCUUACCUCAAUUUUUUCUGACCCAGGUGGCCUAGGUUUCUUAACUGUCCAUACAGUCUUGAGCACGGAGUAUUAUUUGAGUUCAGUUUCUGCUUGGAAAAGUGAUUGUGUUCUGUAUAAACAGAGCAGAAUUCUUCUGGUAGCAGAGAAACACCAUUACUUGUUAAGUUGUAUCUGUAAAUGUGUAAAUAUUUAUUACUGUAUUUAAUAUUUAAUGUUUCCAUAACAAACUUAUUUAUUUUAUAAUUAAACUUUUUACAUAACCUAA